AUGACUUCCAAAUUUGAUUAUGUUGUUUGUUCCAUUGAAGAGUCUAAAGAUUUAGAAACUUUAACCAGAGAUGAGUUGCAGAGUAAUCUUCUUGUCCAUGAACAACGCAUGAACUCUCAUGUGUUAGAAGAAGAACAGGCUUUGAAAGUUACUCAUGGAGAUCACUUCGGAAGCAGAGGUCGUGGUCGUGGAAAUUAUAGAGGAAGAGGAAGCAAUAGAAGAUCUUUUGAUAAGGCUACCAUGGAGUGCUAUAAUUGUCACAAGCUAGGACAUUUUGCAUGGGCAUGUCCACACAAUCAUAUGUGUGAAAAAAAGGAUUAUUUUUCAGAUUUUGAUGGAACCUUUCAAGAUUCAGUGAAACUUGGGAAUAACAUGAGCAUGUCUGUAUUAGGAAAGGGGAAUAAAGGUUUGAUUAUGGAUACCAAAAUGUCUUCAAAUCGGAUGUUUAUGUUGCAUGCUCUAUCCCAGCCUAUUUCAUCUACUUGUUUUAACACAGUCACAGAAGACAUUUUGCAGCUUUGGCAUUGUCGAUAUGGCCACUUGAGUUUUCAAGGUUUAAAGACUCUUCAACAAAGGAAUAUGAUGAAUGGAUUACCACAAUUUCAGCCUCCCUCUAAACUAUGCAAAGAUUGUUUGGUGGGAAAACAACACAGGUCUUCAAUUCCGAAGAAAAGCAACUGGCGAGCUGUUGAAAUUCUACAGUUAGUGCAAGCAGACAUUUGUGGACCGAUUAAUCCAAUCUCAAAUAGCAAGAAAAGGUACUUGCUCACUUUCACUGAUGAUUUUAGUAGAAAAACAUUGCUUUAUUUUUUGGUAGAGAAAUCAAAAGCCCUUGCUGUUUUCAAAAGUUUUAAGAUUCAUGUUGAGAAGGAAACAAGUUCAUUUCUUAGAAGUUUGCGUACUGAUCAAGGAGGCAAGUUCACAUCCCAGGAAUUUGCAAAUUUUUGUGAUGUUCAUGGCAUACGACAACAGUUAACAGCUGCAUAUAUGCCACAACAGAAUGGCAUUGCAGAACGUAAAAAUAGAACCAUUAUGAAUAUGGUUUGUACUAUGCUAUCGGCGAAAAAACUUCCCAAAACCUUUUGGCCUAAAGCUGUAAUUGGACCAACAAAGCUUGAUGAUAAGAGUUUCAGUUGUGUAUUGCUGGGAGUUGGUGAAGAAUCCAAGGCUUAUAGACUCUAUGACCCAAUUUCACAAAAGAUCAUAAUCAGUAGAGAUGUCGUAUUUGAAGAAGACAAGAAUUGGGAUUGGGAUAAGAAGUAUGAAGAAGCCAUCGUGUGUGAUCUUGAAUGGGGUGAUGAUUGGGAAGAAGCAACUGUGAAUGAAGAAGAAAGUGACUCUAAUUUUGAUGGUGAUAUAGAAGAAGACCCAGAAGAAAAUAAUGCUACUGCCGCAGCCACUAAAUCUGAUGCUGCAGUUACUACAUCUAAUUUAUUAAUUCAAAAUAGAGACAACCCUUCCAAUUUAAAUGCAGUAAGAAAUAGAAGACCGCCUGUUUGGCUGAGCAAUAAUGAGAUAGGAGAAGGACUUUCUGAGGAAGAUCAUGAAGUCCAACUUGCUGUGUUUGCAGCUGCCGAUCCAAUUUAUUUUGAAGAAGCUGUUAAAAGUGAGAAAUGA